AUGGGCACCCAAGCCCGUGAAUCCCGUUCCCAACACGGAGGACGACGAGAGAAUCUAUCCGGACGAAGCUAUUCUAAACAAGCAUCUAACCCCAUUGCUAGCUCUUCCGCCUCAAGUUCCAACACUGAAUAUAAACCUCAGGACCAGGACUCACGCAAACCAAAGACCCGUUGUGAUUGGUGUGGUCAUUUCCACCCAAUGCCUUGCCUCUACAAGAACCCUGAGAAAGCCUCUGAGCAUUGGCGCCGAGCCAAUAAAAAUACUAUUGAAGCUAUUCGUGCUUUACACACUGCUAAAGAAUCUUCCACUGCUUCAUUCUCUGAAGCAGAAACCAAUGAACUGGUACCAUGGACUUCUUCAGCUGCAAAAACAGCCAUUGCUAAAUCAGCCCAAUAUCUCCCCCAUUUUGGAUAUAUUUUCUAUUUUGAUAUACGGCAUUCGAUUGGCUAA